AUGGGAUAUAGCAAAGACAGUACAAUACGCUUGGUGUUUUUUCUAACACUUAACGCAAUUAUUGUGCAAGUGUUCUCAGUUGUAACUCAUGCGGGUGUAUCUUAUACGUUACAUCAUGAAUUGAAAGACUGGGAAUCAGCAAAGAACAUCUGUAAUGAAACGGACAGUAUUCUUGCGAUGUUUCGCGACAAGUCUUUGAUGGAUACGGUUCUCAAUAUUCAAGCUGAAACGGGUAUCUUCUGGGUCGGUGGAAACGAUCUUGAGUAUGAGGGUCAUUAUUACUGGGACGGGAACCGAGGAGCUCGGAAAUGA